CAACAUCUUUGAGGGGCACAGAGGCCUGAGUGAUCACAUCUGACUUGGAAGCCUGGGGAGGGCUUCACAGAGGAGGUGGCGUUUGAGAAGGAUUUUGACAGAGAGUGGGGAGGAUGGGCGUUUUGAGCUGAGGUAAGCCUGGACAAAGGCCCGAAGGGCUGGAGGUGCUAAGUGUGUUCUGCAGCCUGGCAUGUGUGAAGGAUGGGGUGGAGAUGAGACAAGAGAGACAGGGGCUGGAUCAUGAAGGCCCUUGAUGGCCUGUCUGUGGAGUUCAGGCUUUAUUCUUUGGGCACUGGGCAGCCAUGGGUGUCUGUUGAGCAGCAGAGUAAGCAUACAGUUUUCAGCACGGAGAUUGGAAGCUAGAGGCCUUUCUCAAUGUAGGUGAGAGAGUGAGGGGAUGGGUACCAUGAGGCUGUGGCCUUUCUCCUGGAGCCCAGCCUGGGCCCGGGCUUGACUUGGUUUCCCUUGGUUCCGAAGACUCCUGGGGGCUGCCUAAUGAUGGUGUAUGGAAGCUGUAGCAUUUUUGGCACCUGCCAACUUGUCAGAGCUGCCUUUCCCUUCCUGGCACUUUGUCUAUGUGGCAGAUCUGAAUCAAGAAGCCAGAGACUGGAACUUGUGGACCCCAGGAUGCUCACCUGAGGCUUCCCACUCCCCUCCUCCUCUCCCAACUGUAGAUGAUUGGCUAUCCCGGGAGGCUGGGAGGCCAGGAGGCUGGGCACAUGUGUCCAAGGAUGCUGGGGCAGUUCUUAUGAAGGCCUGGCUAGUUAGGAGAGUGAGCAUCUCCAGAGAAGGGAUUGGGCAGGAGAGUUAGGAGCCCUCGAUGCAGACGUGCUGUGGCCCAGGGUCCACCCCCACCACACCCUGCCUCCCUGGAUGCUCCGAGCCAUUCCCCAGCAUCACUGGGUGUGGCUAGCAUGGCUGCUUUGGGAGUGGGAAUAGGAGAAGGGGGCUGCUAGGUGGGGAGCUGGGGGUGCUGAGAGGAUGUGGGGGGAUGUGAGAUGGAGAGUGAAGCCCAGGUGGGUCCACAGGCCCUAGCUGGUCCAGACAUUCUGGCCAGCAGAGCGGAGGGAAUCCCCCAAGGGGCGGGCCAGUCUACUUGAAUCGCCUGGCCCCAGGAGCCCUCCCCUCCCCCGGAUUGUUCUUGCUCCAGAACAAAGGCAGGGUGGACACUUGAUCCCUGCAUGUGGGGUGAGCUGGCUAAGCCCCCAGCCCUUUGAUUGGGCAGCUGUCAUGGGAGAGAGACAGCUGGGGGGGAGGGGCAGGAAGGGGGCAGCCACCAUCGCUUACACAGCUGUCACCCCCCCCCGCCUCCUCCAGCCUGAGUGGCAGAAAGCCAGGGACAGAAGGAGUGGGCACUGGGGCUGGGGAGGGGGCCUGGGAGUCAGGAGGGAAUGCCCGAGGUCAGAGGCCUGGUGUGAGCUUGGUGUGCCCUGCCAGGGAGCCCUGCUGACCAGAGGGGGCUGGGCACCCGCGGAGGUGAGCUGGAGGUCACUGUGGCACGUUGUGUGGCUGUCACGUGGGUGGCCCGGCAAAGACCCAGGGCCCACCCGGCUGGAGCAGCAAAUGACUCCCUAGAGCCCCACUGAGGGCAGGGGGAGCCAGUGAUGCCUCAUGGGGCUGUUCGUUCCUUGGGCCCUAGGAGAAUAAUUUGGAAGACAUGGGUCAGAACCCCUUGUUCUUGCCUAAAGAUGGGAAAGACCUUGAGAGUCUCUCAGACCAGGAAGGGCGCAGAUAGACCAGCAACUCUCUCCCUACCCCCAGCCCCUAAACACAAUACAGGUGGGUUUAGGUCAGGUGAAGACCUGGCCAAAGUUACCCACUGGACUUGGGGCGGUGGGUCUCUGCUGGAGACCCAGGCAUCUUUUCAUGGCAGAAGCUCUAGUUCUGGCCAUGUUCCAGCCCUCCUGCCCCAUUUUUCCUGGAGCCACAAGAGGUCAUGUGGAGAUGGUUUGGGGACAGUGUCAGGUCUCCCACUGGUUGCCAUCCCAAGGGGGUCCUUGAACCCCAGAAAAUUUUGGAACUUAAGACCGAGGCUCUGGACAAGUUGUCAGUCCUUUCCAAAUAGGAUCCCUGUCUUCUAGCUAGGCAAAGGUCUCAGAGACGACUGAAGCCCAAUCCCCACUUUUGAAGGAGCCCGCCCUCCAGGAAGAGGACUAACAGAUCCAGACAGGAGCAGCCUGAAAGGGGAGGCAGAUGGGGCUUUGGAUAGCCUCACACUAGCAAUGCUAGUCCCACUGUGUCCCACCUCUCUGUGACCUUGGGCAGGUUACUGAUCCUCUCCAGGCAUCAGGUUCUCCUGUGCAGUGAAUUCAUCUGCUCAGCUAACCAGUAUGUUAGCUGAGUUCCAGCUGAGCUCAGUAUGUUCUGAGCACCUUCUCUGGCCUGGCUCUGAACUGAGCCCUGGGGACAUAAGGAGAAGGCAGCAGCCUUGGCUCCUGCUCCAAGGGGCUCCUGGGCUUGGCUGUCCAGAGAGGCAGAAACCAAGCACGUCAUCACAAGUGCUUUGAUGGGGGAAGUGCAGGCAGCUGGGGGAAUGUCUAGCAAGGGCAGCCAGCAUGAGGCUGGCCAGGAUGCUCGGAGAGCACAGUCCCUGCAUCCACUGCUCAUCUCCAGCCUCUGGAGUCCCUGUGGCAGAACUCAAAUGGAAGGAGGAGCAGCUGCGCCCAGGGGAGCAGGGUGUCACCUCCGUUGGAUAGGCCAUUUCCAGCACAUAGAAGAGAGAUUGGAAACCAACGUGCAGAACUGCCAGUCCCCUGACACGCUGUGCCCCACCCACUGCAGCCCAGUGCUGAAUGAACCCUGCCCAGAGGUGUCUGUAGUGAGCUUCUGCCCUAGUGACUUUUGAGCCGGCCAGGUCGCAGCGCGGACACACUCGCAGGUCGCUGUGGCCCCAGCCUCGCCUGACAGAAUGAGCGGCUCGGAUGGGGGACUGGAGGAGGAGCCAGAGCUCAGCAUCACCCUCACGCUGCGGAUGCUGAUGCACGGGAAGGAAGUGGGCAGCAUCAUCGGGAAGAAGGGCGAGACUGUAAAGCGAAUCCGGGAGCAGAGCAGUGCCCGGAUCACCAUCUCCGAGGGCUCCUGCCCCGAACGCAUCACCACCAUCACCGGGUCUACAGCGGCUGUCUUCCAUGCAGUCUCCAUGAUUGCUUUCAAACUGGACGAGGACCUUUGUGCUGCUCCUGCAAAUGGUGGAAAUGUCUCCAGGCCUCCAGUGACCCUGCGCCUUGUCAUCCCUGCCAGUCAGUGUGGCUCACUGAUUGGGAAGGCUGGCACCAAGAUCAAGGAGAUCCGAGAGACUACGGGUGCCCAGGUACAGGUGGCAGGGGACCUGCUCCCCAACUCCACAGAGCGAGCUGUUACGGUAUCUGGGGUGCCUGAUGCCAUCAUCCUGUGUGUGCGCCAGAUCUGCGCUGUUAUCCUGGAGUCCCCACCCAAAGGAGCCACUAUCCCCUACCAUCCGAGCCUCUCCCUAGGUACUGUUCUUCUCUCUGCCAACCAGGGCUUCUCUGUCCAGGGUCAGUAUGGGGCUGUGACCCCAACUGAGGUCACCAAGCUCCAGCAGCUCUCAAGCCAUGCGGUCCCCUUUGCCACACCCAGUGUGGUGCCAGGACUGGAUCCCGGCACACAGACCAGCUCACAGGAGUUCUUGGUUCCCAAUGAUUUGAUUGGCUGUGUGAUCGGGCGCCAGGGCAGCAAGAUCAGCGAGAUCCGGCAGAUGUCAGGGGCACAUAUCAAGAUUGGGAACCAAGCAGAGGGCGCUGGGGAGCGGCAUGUCACCAUCACUGGCUCUCCGGUCUCCAUCGCCCUGGCCCAGUACCUCAUCACUGCCUGUCUAGAGACGGCCAAGUCUACCUCUGGGGGGACGCCCAGCUCGGCCCCCGCAGACCUGCCUGCCCCCUUCUCGCCACCCCUGACGGCCCUGCCCACAGCUCCCCCUGGCCUGCUGGGCACACCCUAUGCCAUCUCCCUCUCCAACUUCAUCGGCCUCAAGCCCAUGCCCUUCUUGGCUCUACCACCUGCUUCCCCAGGGCCACCGCCAGGCUUGGCGGCCUACACUGCCAAGAUGGCAGCGGCUAAUGGGAGCAAGAAGGCUGAGCGGCAGAAAUUCUCCCCCUACUGAGGCCAGCUGAGGUACAGGCAGGGGCAGGCAGGACCACAAGCAGGGGGCUGCCUCUGCACCCUACCCGCCCAAGGAGACUCCACCCUGGGGUCCCAAACGCCGCUAACGCCCAGACGCAUGGAUGCAUCCCCUACCCUGCCUCCGUCUACGGGAGUUCUUUCUCUCAGAGUGGGGGCAGUUUCUGGCCCAGGGGUCUGAGCUGCGGCAGCCCCAGGGCAGGGGGCCCUACCUCCUCAGCUCUGUGCUUGGAUACAGGGAGCAGCCAGGAGACUCCCUAGUGCCCCCACCAUGGCGGGUGUCACUCACGCACUCCCCAUCCCUUAGGGCUUCCUGGCCUACUGCAUCCUUGUGGGAGUCAGGGAGGAGGGCCCGGGGGGUAGCCGGGGCCAGGCUUCUCUCCCCACCACCUGCAGAUUUCUUGCUGCUUCCACUGAUACCCUUUUGACUGGAAUGAACUGGCUGGGCUUGUCAGGGGGCACCCCAAAGAGGGGGCACUGCCAGGUAGCUGGGGGAGUGGCAUGGGGCAGGGGCCCAGUUCUCAGCAGCAGACACUCUGUACAGUUUUUUCAAUCCCUGUUUUUGAAUAAAUAUUGUCAGCGACCAGGAA